AUGACAGACGCGCCUAAUUUGGUCGGGACGCUUGAGACAGAAGUGGAGAUCAAAGCUUCGGCUGGAAAAUUCCAUCACAUGUUCGCCGGAAAACCACACCAUGUCUCCAAAGCAACUCCAGGCAACAUUCAAGGAUGUGAGCUUCAUGAAGGUGACUGGGGCAAAGUCGGUUCUAUUAUCUUUUGGAACUAUGUUCUUGAUGGAGAAGCUAAGGUGGCGAAGGAGAGGAUCGAGGCGGUGGAGCCGGAGAAAAACUUGAUCAUGUUAAGGGUUAUAGAAGGUGAUCUAAUGAAAGAGUACACGAGCUUUUUGGUCACGCUCCAAGUGACCCCUAAGCAUGGUGGGUCUGGGAGUAUAGUGCACUGGCACUUCGAGUAUGAGAAAAUUAACGAGGAGGUGGCUCAUCCUGAAUCUCUUCUCCAACUUGCCGUCGAAGUCUCCAAAGAGAUCGAUGAGCAUCUCUUGACUGAAGAAUAG